AUGCAACGAUGUCUCGUAUUACAUGAUGUUCAAUCACAAUCUCAACAUUCUGCUCGUCAAAGAAGAGAACAAUUGAUCCACGAGCAUGGAGUUGAUGAAGAAGGUGAAGAUUACUCAGACAGUGAUAGUGGUAACAUGCCAGAAGCCGAGGUUCCUGAAACGCAAGAAGAAGAAGAAGUGUAUCGUGUUACCAUUGAUGAUGAUGAAUCAACCGCUAGACGUGGAAGUAGUGCACAAAGAUCUGGAGGAAGCUCACUAGUUUCUAUAGGAAGUGGUUCACGAAGAAGUCAUAGACGACAAUCCUUUGAAACAACAAUACAAGACAGCAUCACUGGCUUCAGAGAAUUCCAACGACAAAGUUUUCAACAACUUCGUCCUGGUGCUUUUGAUCAAGAUGAUUACGAUGAAUUUAAAAAGGCGGAAGCGAUAUUUAUCGCGCUAAAUCUUCCUAAGCACACUAGAUUUCAUUGGGCAUGCAUUAAUGCACUUAAGGAGCUAGUAUUUUGGCGUAAGUAUUUGAUUGAUAUAACUGCAAGCACCGACGAGGAUAAGGUCCAACUGUUAGAAGCUAUGACUGGUGUUUCACGUAACAACCAAGAUGUGCCAAAACAGUUAGGUUCAAGCCAUUCAUUUGGGAGUCCACAUUCAGGAGGUAUAUCAUCUGGAAGUCCAUCCUCUGUGGGUAAUUGGGAGGCAAAAUUCACCCAGUUUUUGGGGUCCCAUUUAUCCAUAGUGGGAAACACCACCAAACGUUGCACAAUGGAAAACACCACCAAAUGCACAGUGGGACACGCCACCAAAUGUUCCACAGUGGGGAUCAUCACCAAAGGCUCCACAAUGGCGGCAAACAGAAAAAUUUUAACAAGGUGGUUCAAGCGGAACGACUCCAACAAAUGUUCAAUAUGGAUUUUCAGUUGGAAGUCAAGGAGAUUGUGUAACAACUGA